AGGAAACUGCUGGAAGGCACCGAGAAGAGCAACAAGGAGGAGAAGGAGGAGAACAACUUCGACAGCCUGAAAAUGGAGGGCUCCCGGGGGAGGCUGCGUGGUGGUCUGGGCUGGGAGUCGAGCCUGCGGCAGCGCCCGGUACAACGUCACACCUUCCAGGCUGGGGACCCCUACUACAUCAGCAAGAGGAAGAGGGACGAGUGGCUGGCACGCUGGAAGAGGGAGGCGGAGAAGAAGGCGAAGGUGAUCGCCGUGAUGAACGUGGUGGAGGAGCUGCCGCGGGCCGAGCCGCAGAAGGAGGAGGAGGCCACCAGCCCCCCCCUCGCCGCCCAGCAGCCCACCGACCCCGCCUCCCCCAACGUGGCCACCACCCCCGAGCCCGCGGUGGCCGAGGCUGGCGACAAGAACACCUCUAAGUCGGCCGACGACGAGCCCGAGUACGAGGACGGCCGGGGCUUCGGGAUCGGGGAGCUGGUGUGGGGCAAGCUGCGGGGCUUCUCCUGGUGGCCCGGGCGCAUCGUGUCCUGGUGGAUGACGGGACGGAGCCGGGCGGCCGAGGGCACCCGAUGGGUGAUGUGGUUCGGCGACGGGAAGUUCUCGGUGGUCUGCGUGGAGAAGCUGCUGCCCCUCAGCUCCUUCGCCAGCGCCUUCCACCAGGCCACCUACAACAAGCAGCCCAUGUACCGCAAGGCCAUCUACGAGGUGCUGCAGGUGGCGAGCAGCCGGGCAGGGAAGAUCUUCCCAGCGUGUCCUGAGAACGAUGAAUCCGACACCUCCAAGGUGGUGGAGAUCCAGAACAAGCAGAUGAUCGAGUGGGCCCUGGGGGGCUUCCAGCCCUCUGGCCCCAAGGGCCUGGAGCCCCCCGAAGAGGAGCGCAACCCCUACAAAGAAGUUUACACAGAGAUGUGGGUGGAACCCGAAGCAGCUGCCUACGCCCCACCCCCCCCCGCCAAAAAGCCCCGAAAAAGCACAACAGAGAAGCCCAAGGUCAAGGAGAUCAUCGACGAACGCACCCGAGAGCGUUUGGUGUACGAGGUGCGGCAGAAGUGCAGGAACAUCGAGGACAUCUGCAUCUCCUGUGGGAGCCUCAAUGUCACCCUGGAGCACCCCCUGUUCAUCGGGGGAAUGUGCCAAAACUGCAAGAACUGCUUCCUGGAGUGUGCCUACCAGUACGAUGACGAUGGGUACCAGUCCUACUGCACCAUCUGCUGCGGCGGCCGGGAGGUCCUCAUGUGUGGCAACAACAACUGCUGCAGGUGUUUCUGCGUGGAGUGUGUGGAUCUGCUGGUGGGCCCGGGGGCAGCAGCCGCGGCCAUCAAGGAGGAUCCCUGGAACUGCUACAUGUGCGGCCCCCGGGGGCUGCAGGGGCUGCUGCGGCGCCGCGAGGACUGGCCCGCCCGGCUCCAGAUGUUCUUUGCCAACAACCACGACCAGGAGACCCCCCCCAAGGUGUAUCCCCCCGUGCCAGCUGAGAAGAGGAAACCCAUCCGGGUGCUCUCGCUCUUCGAUGGCAUCGCCACAGGCCUGCUGGUGCUGAAGGACCUCGGCAUCCAGGUGGACCGGUACAUCGCCUCCGAGGUGUGUGAGGACUCCAUCACCGUGGGCAUGGUGCGGCACCAGGGAAAGAUCAUGUACGUCGGCGACGUCCGCAACGUCACCCAGAAACACAUCCAGGAGUGGGGCCCCUUUGACCUGGUGAUCGGGGGCAGCCCCUGCAACGACCUCUCCAUCGUCAACCCGGCCAGGAAGGGGCUCUACGGUGAGUGAGUGUCCCCAGGGCCACCACCGCUGCUCCCCCGGCCCCUGGUGCUGACCCAACCCCCCUCUGUCUGUGUCCCCCCCCCAGAGGGCACCGGGCGCCUCUUCUUCGAGUUCUACCGCCUGCUCCACGAGGCCCGGCCCAAGGAGGGGGACGACCGACCCUUCUUCUGGCUCUUUGAGAACGUGGUGGCCAUGGGGGUCAGUGACAAGAGGGACAUCUCGCGCUUCCUGGAGUCCAACCCGGUCAUGAUCGAUGCCAAAGAAGUCUCCGCCGCGCACCGGGCACGGUACUUCUGGGGGAACCUCCCCGGGAUGAACAGGCCACUCGCCUCCACCGUCAACGACAAGCUGGAGCUGCAGGAGUGCCUGGAGCACGGCAGGAUAGCCAAGUUCAGCAAAGUGCGGACCAUCACCACGCGCUCCAACUCCAUCAAGCAGGGCAAGGACCAGCACUUCCCCGUCUUCAUGAACGAGAAGGAGGACAUCCUGUGGUGCACGGAGAUGGAGAGGGUCUUUGGGUUCCCCGUGCACUACACGGAUGUGUCCAAUAUGAGCCGCCUGGCCCGGCAGCGGCUGCUCGGCAGGUCCUGGAGCGUCCCCGUCAUCCGCCACCUCUUCGCUCCCCUGAAGGAAUAUUUUGCCUGCGUUUAGAAAACCAACAAAAAACAAAGCAAAACAAACCACGCAGAAAAAUCAACGAAUCAACCCCAACAAAAAGGAAAAAAAGGAAAAAAAAAAAGUAUAAAAGGGACGGGGGACAAGGAACUGGUGACACACAGACAGAGCGAGUCAGAAACAAACACAAAACCAAACCACCGAGCCCCAUCCACGCCGAGAGGAGUGAAAGGAAAACAAGAAUUUUAAAGGAAAAAAAAAAAAAAAAAGGAAAAAAAAAAAACCAA